AUGGAAAACGACUUGAAGGAAGAACUGAAUAGAAGAAUGAGAGCAGCAUGGGGCAUUCGGCUCCGUCGGAAGCUCGGACCAACUGACGGACCAAGAUCUUCGUGCCCAUCUGUUCGACUCGACAGUUCUUCCAGCGCUCUGUUACGUAGCGCAGACGUGGGCGACACCGCUGCCACGUCUGGGAAGCUACCUACCCACAGAGCUCUUGGAGAUGUCUUCUGA